AUGUUCUUUUUUCGUUUGUGCAGGGAAAUCUUGCUGUGAAUAUCUUAAUGUUACUGUGCUACUGUUGCGUUUUUGGACACAAAAGAGGUACCUGACAAAAACAACAUGGCUGACAAACGAAAACUGCAAGGUGAAAUGGAGCGGUGUUAUAAAAAAGUAACUGAAGGCGUGGAGACUUUCGAAGACAUUUGGAUGAAGCUAUCAAAUGCUAACAACACAAAUCAGAAGGAUAAGUAUGAAAGUGACCUGAAAAAAGAAAUAAAAAAAUUGCAGAGGUUAAGGGACCAAAUCAAAACGUGGGCAGCGUCAAAUGAAGUCAAAGAUAAAAGGCUACUUUUAGAAAACCGGAAAUUAAUUGAAACACAGAUGGAGCGUUUUAAAGUUGUAGAAAGAGAGACGAAAACCAAGGCGUAUUCGAAAGAAGGGCUUGGUUUAGCGGCGAAAAAAGAUCCAGAGCAAAAGGAGAGAGAAGAAACGAUGCAGUGGCUGCAAAGUACGAUAGAUGCAAUUAAUCGGCAAGUGGAUAUGUUUGAGAGCGAAAUUGAAUCUUUUAACUCGAUCUCAAGAAAAAAGAAGUUGACGGCCGAUAAAACGGUGCGGCAGGCGGAGUUAGUGGCCUUCCUUGAAAAACAUAGAUACCAUAUACGGAACCUUGAAACCCUAAUGAGAAUGCUAGACAACGAGACGAUAUCAGCGGACAAAAUCAACAUAAUUAGAGAUGAUAUUGAGUAUUACAUGGAGGCAUGCCAGGACCCUGAUUAUGAAGAUAAUGAGUUCAUAUAUGAGGACAUGGGAUUGGACGAAUCAAUUGUCGCUAUCACUGCUACAGCAGGGUCACCAGGUCCUGGGGAAAAGAUUUCUAACACCAGUUUGAAUAACAACAGCUCAAAAGACGAGGAUGAAAUAAAGUCUGCAGAUUCUUCCCCCACCCCACAGAACAACACCAAUCAUUCAACCCCUUCUAGUAUAAAAGAAGAAGAGCCUAGAAAAAGAAGCAAAUCUGAUGACCUUAUUUCGCCCCAUAAACCAAUCAAUAAUAUACAGAGGCAAACGUCUACAACUCCCAGGUCCAUGGCUUUUCAGCCUACCAAUCCUAUUACAACCAAUAAACCACAGAAAGGUCCGCCCCCAACAGCACAUAGUCAGCCAUACGCUGCAGCUGCAGGUGGAAUGCAAUCUGUAACCUCUAAUCAUGUUUCCCAGACCCAAGUCACUGCUUCAAGAACCAUUCUUCCACCAGAGUCACCGUCACCGACAAAAAAAUCCCAGGCCCAGAGGUCAUUUGAGUCCUCCUGGCAUGGUAGCAAUCAUAGCUCGUUAUCGGAAGCUAAUAAUGUUGAAGUUAGAAACGCAGUUAAUAGCAUCGUUUCAAGCGUUGCGUCUCUUUCGCUUACUUCAAAUCCGGAGCCGGCAACCUCACCGCCUGUCACUGUUUCAAACUUACCCGACUUAGUGGGUUCUGUAACCCCUGCCCCAACCGAAGCCCCACAUUCCCAAACCCCAACGACGAAUGGACCCAGCUUACCAAACGGCCCUCAAACCUCUCAUGUCGAUUUAUCAUCAUUGAAAAGUAUGGCAGAGCAAGCAAUCGCGAAUGCUGGUUUAGAGCAGAGAACCGUAACUUCUCCUCCCUUUCCACCACACAAUACAGAGCCGCUUAUAACCGCAACAAACCAGUCUAGACCGGAUUUAACAUCAUUAAGUGUUGUGGUUCAACAGCAGCAAACAGCUGCUCAACAACUGCCUAUGGGUGGCGGAGAAGCAAGAAUUCAACCCCUUCUUGGAGUUGCUCCAUUAGGCCCAGUAUCACUCAGUAAAGAGAAUAUGUACCAGCAAGCAAUGCUAGAUGCGUGUUGGAGGCAUAUGCCGCACCCUUCAGAUUCAGAGCGUUUGCGCCAUUACCUUCCAAGAAACCCCUGUCCCACCCCUUCCUAUUACCACCAGACCCCUUUACCCCAUCAUGACUCCGUGGAGUUUUACCUACGGCUGUCGACGGAGACGCUCUUUUUUAUUUUCUACUACAUGGAGGCAACUAAGGCCCAAUACAUGGCGGCCAAGGCACUGAAGAAGCAGUCCUGGCGCUUCCAUACAAAGUACAUGAUGUGGUUUCAGCGCCACGAAGAACCCAAGACCAUCACAGAUGAAUAUGAGCAAGGUACCUACAUUUACUUUGACUAUGAGAAGUGGGGCCAGCGGAAAAAGGAAGGCUUCACCUUUGAGUACAGGUAUUUGGAGGACCGGGAGCUGCAGUAGCUUCCACGAACCAAACACACACAUUCCCAGUUUCAAUUGUGCAAUGUCUCGAAAUUGCAUUGGCAUAAAAAAAACCUUGAGCUGCUGUAAGUGGCUUGAACACAAAUAUGGUAGCUUUGGUACACUUUAAUUCCUAUAAAAAGAAACUGGAACACAUAAAACUUCUACUUGGUAAACUAACUUAAUCUAUGCGACAUGAAUUUGUUUUUCUUUUACUUGCACUUUACCACUGAUUAAGAGAAAAUUCUGUAUCUUGCCCACCAUGAAACAUUUAAACUCUAACCUAUAUUUUUGGACAAAAAGUUCUAACACACUUUUUACUUUCAGUUUUAUUCUACUUUUUAUAAGGCCCGUGCUCGGCCGUGUUAAAAUAAAACAAAUUUCUUGUCCCCAGCGUAGACCUAAACACGCAUAAUGUUCAAAUUUUUGCGAAAGUGUUCCCAAACUUGCCCCAUUAUUCAGAACCCCACUGGUUGAAAUGACAUCGAGAAAAGUAAAAAACAAUGUGUGUUUCAAGUACUCUUUCACACAAUUAAUAAAAGAGUACCACUGAAUUGUUUAUUUUGUUAAUUUGUUAAACAACGGUAAAGAGAGAGUUUACAGACCGUAAUUUUGCCAUCAAGAUAUUUUAUAA